UCCGGCAGCCCCGGAGCCUCGCGGAGCCGCCCGCUCCGUCCCGCAGGCAUCGCCCGCGCUCUGGUGGGGGCUCCCGGCGCGGGGUCCGGGCGGGGAAGUCGCUUCCAUGGUGCUGCCGGCGGUGCUGCUGCCCUGGGCGGUGCUGGCGCUGCUCGGGGCGGGGGGCGGCCGUGCCUCGCCGCAGGAAGAAAACCUGCUGGUUCUGACCGUUGCCACCGAGCAGACUGAGGGGUUCCAGCGCUUCAGAAGAUCAGCCCAGUUCUUCAACUACAAAGUCCAGGUGCUGGGGCUGGAUGAGGAGUGGCAGGGUGGAGAUGACCAGAAUCCAGCUGGAGGGGGGCAGAAGGUCCGGCUCCUGAAAGCAGCUCUGAAGAAGUUUGGGGAUAAGGAGGAUCUGAUCAUCCUUUUUGUAGACAGCUAUGACGUGCUCUUUGCUUCGGGCCCCCCAGAACUGCUGAAGAAGUUCAAACAAGCCAAGAGCAAGGUGGUUUUCUCAGCAGAGAACUACAUCUACCCCGACAGAAAGUUGGAAGCCAAGUACCCUCAGGUGCGAGAUGGAAAGCGCUUCCUGGGUUCUGGAGGCUUCAUAGGUUAUGCUCCAAACCUGAAGAAGCUUGUGGAGGAGUGGAAAGGAGAGGAUGAUGACAGUGACCAGCUCUUCUACACAAAUAUCUUCUUAGAUCCAGAAAAAAGAGAAAGUAUCAACAUCAGUUUAGACCAAAGAAGCCGGAUCUUCCAAAACCUAAAUGGAGCAUUAGAUGAGAUAGUUCUGAAGUUUGAAAACUCACGAGUGAGAGCAAGAAACUUAUUAUAUGACACUCUGCCCGUGGUGAUUCAUGGAAAUGGACCCACCAAGCUGCAGCUGAACUACCUGGGAAACUACAUUCCCCAAAUAUGGACAUUUGAGACGGGCUGCACCGUGUGUGACGAAGGUCUGCGAAGCCUCACGGGCUUUAAGGAUGAGGCAUUGCCAAUGAUCCUGAUCGGCAUUUUCAUCGAGCAGCCCACCCCCUUCCUCUCCCAGUUUUUCUUGCGCCUUCGUAACCUCCAUUACCCGAAGCAACGAAUCCAGCUCUUCAUUCACAACAAUGAGGAACAUCACUUGAUGGAGGUGGACUCUUUUGUAGAAGAGCAUGGCAGAGAAUAUCUCGCUGUCAAGGUGAUGGGGCCAGAUGAUGAGGUGGAGAACGCUGAGGCACGGAACUUGGGCAUGGAUUUGUGCAGGAAGGAUCCUGACUGUGACUAUUACUUUAGCCUGGAUGCUGAGGUAGUUCUGAAGAACACAGAGACUCUGAGGAUCCUGAUCGAGCAGAACAAGCUGGUGAUUGCCCCUCUGGUGAGCCGGCAUGAGAAGCUGUGGUCCAAUUUCUGGGGAGCUCUGAGCCCUGAUGGAUACUAUGCCCGCUCGGAAGAUUACGUGGAUAUUGUUCAGAGGCGGAGGGUGGGGCUUUGGAACGUCCCCUACAUCAGCAGUGUUUACAUGGUCAAAGCCAAGGCGCUGCGCUCGGAGCUCGACCAGGGGGAUCUUUUCCACAGUGGCAAACUGGAUGCUGACAUGGCUUUCUGCAACAACGUCCGGAAUCGGGGAGUCUUUAUGUACCUGACAAACCGGCACCAGUUUGGACACAUCCUGUCCCUGGAGAAUUACCAGACAACUCACCUCCACAACGACCUCUGGCAAAUAUUCAGCAAUCCUGAGGACUGGAAAGAAAAGUACAUCCAUGAAAACUACACAGCAGCUCUGAAGGGGAAAUUGGUAGAAAUGCCCUGCCCAGAUGUUUACUGGUUCCCCAUAUUCACUGACACUGCCUGUGAUGAGCUGGUGGAAGAAAUGGAGCACUAUGGCCAGUGGUCCACAGGUGACAACACAGACAGCAGAAUACAAGGAGGAUAUGAGAAUGUCCCAACUAUUGACAUACACAUGAACCAAAUUGGCUUUGAAAGAGAAUGGUAUAAGUUUCUUCUGGACUAUAUUGCACCCAUCACAGAGAAACUGUACCCAGGAUACUACACCAAGACUCAGUUUGAAUUGGCCUUCGUGGUUCGCUACAAACCCGACGAGCAGCCGUCCCUGAUGCCCCACCACGACGCCUCCACCUUCACCAUCAACAUUGCCCUGAACCGAGUUGGGAUAGACUAUGAGGGAGGAGGCUGCCGGUUCCUGCGCUACAACUGCUCCAUCCGAGCUCCCCGGAAAGGAUGGACCCUCAUGCACCCGGGACGCCUGACCCACUACCACGAAGGGCUCCCAACCACCAAAGGCACCCGGUACAUCGCAGUGUCCUUUCUGGACCCCUAGAGCGUUGCUUCCCAGGAAGGGCCCUGCUCGCUGCUGACUCUUGAAUGGAAACAGGGAAUGCUGCUGAGAGUUUCUAAGGCAUUGUUCAAAGCUGUUUGGAUAUUGAUUUUGAAUGGUAUUUUAAGACUCCACUACUAGAAGAUCUCCCUCUCUGAUACUGCAGGUAAUAUCUAGGAAUAUUGCUGUAGAAUUCCAAAGGAGAUUUUGUGCCUUCAUUUUUGAUUCUGCUCCUCAUCCACUGUUUCUUGGAAGUGCCAUUUACUUGAACCUUCUAUCAUGGAAUGGUUGGCUUUAAAAAAUGCUUUCCUGGACUGGAAAUCCAGCUUUUGGAGGCAAGUCACAAGCUGGAAGCCUGUUUUCAUCCACAGCAUAUACAGGACUGGAUGUUAGACAAUAAUGCCUGGACACUAUGCCAGAUACAAAUCAAUCAGGGAGCUGACUCCAGAAGUCAUAACAGUUAAAUGUCACACCAGAUGAAACUCAGCAGUAAGAGCCUGAAGAUCAUCUGAUUCCUUUACCUCUUUGCAGUCCUUGCAAGCCUAUCACAAAAUUCAAAGUAGCAGCAGUGGCAAUCUAGGUGCUUCUGGUCAGCUAAAGGAAGGUCCUCUAAUGAUGCUUUACCUCUGGGAUUAGACUGAAAAGAUAAGACAGCCUCCCAACCUUCUGUUUCUGCAGAGAUACCCACACAAAUUCAGACCAUCUCAGUCUGUGAAGAUCAGAUCUAAGAAAGGGAAGUCUGGGAACAACUACAUCAGUCAGAAGGGCUUCACUGUGGAAUUGUCUCUGUUCUUUACCAUGUUAAGAUUGUCAAAACCUCUGAUCAGUCUCUGGAUAACAUCCCAGAGGUUCCAGUGGUGUUUGGUGGCCUCAUUCCAAGUGUCAGAGAUUGUUUUAAUCGUUUUCUUUGAUGGCCUAUUCACAUUAGGUGUAAAGAGCUGUCCUCUGGUUCUUGGAGGAAAUAAUUACUCCGUGUUUCUAUUAUUUAAGAUUGCAAACCAAAACACUCCACUGCAGACACUUCUCCAGUGGGGUCGAGGCUGAUAGAAACGAGUGGUUGGGAAGUGCUGAGAGAUUGUGGUGAACUGACAGGUGUAAAAACCUAUCAAGAGAAGCACCAUGGUUAGAGAGGGAAGAGGAGAAACCUUUCCUGCCUGUGCCUGUGAGCUCCCUGCUCUGCUUAUCCCACACCGUUAUGCUCUGGCUCUGCCAGACUAGUGCGUUUCACAAGCAGUAAAUUCACGUGAUGAUUGUCCUUAAAGGGGAAAAAAAAAAUCACCUUCCUCCUCAUUGUCUGUGUCUGCAACUUCUGCUGUCUGAUUGUGAUUCCUCUGGGACGGGUCCCGUUAAUGUGGGCAGAACAGCUUUACACGUGUAAGUUCUGGCAGGGAACUGCCUGCACCUGGAAUGUGCCUGAGGAAGGUGACACAGACCUUUUCCCACCGCUUUCCACGAGCUUUUUAGGUCUAUUUUUGAGGCCACACACACAGAGGUGCCUGAGGGAGAAAUAUCCGAGCAGGGGGCGAUCAUUUGAGAAAUAAAACUGUAAUAAAACCUGUUAGGUGAAAGCCAGAGCUGCCUGUUACCAAACGAAGGGAUUGAUACGCCAAUCGUUGAGAUGUCCAAAAAUGUGUAUUAUGUAUUUAUUCAGCAGUCGGUGUUUGGUUUGUUGGGGAUUUUUUUCCCCCCUCACUUAUUUUGUUGUGUCUUUUUCCUCGUGCCGGUUCGGUGAUCGGGGUUUUAACGAGCUGUACGGUUUGAGCCGGGGGGGAAACUCGCAUUAAAGCCUUUCCCGUGUCA